CGCUGCAUCGGUCCCCUGCAGCUGCAGCCUGGAGGCGCGCAGCGGCGCCGGAUCGAUCCUUUUAUCAGAAAAUAAUCCAUAGCCGCAUGGUGACGUCACGCCGCUGAUGCUCGGCGGAGGAGGCUGUCUGCCGCGCGCGCGGACACCAGGAAUGGACGACCGCGUUUAAACGCCUCACCGCCUAUAAACAGUUGCAACAAUUAGAGGAGAGACUCAUUAAAUCAGCACAGGAAACCCGCGCGGACGUGCACGGAUCGGUUUUGUUUGGGACGCCUGCGCGUGGGAAAUGUAGCGGUCACUGUCGCGUGCAGCCAGGAGGAGAAGGAGGAUGUAACCGGACGGAUCGAGCCAGCUGUGGCCUGCUUCUAACAGCAACAUCUGGCUGGGUCAGAGGAGGUGCCUGAGACCAAAGCAGAGAUAUGGAAGAGGGGAAGGCAGAGGGGGAAGGUGCUGGACCACCACCACCAUCAGAGAGCACCACCACCACCAACCUCUUGGCAUCUGUCAAAGAGCAGGAACUCCAGUUUGAGAGGCUGACUCGCGAGCUGGAGGAGGAACGGCAGAUUGUGGCAAGUCAGCUGGAGAAGUGCAUGCUGGGAGCCGAGUCACCUGGAGAUAGUAGCAGCUCUUCUGAGAAGUCCUACGCAUGGAUAUCUGCUGGCGGAGAGUCUCAGGGUGUCGCCACAGAGGCGUCUGGCUGUCUGGCUCGUCAUCUAGAGGCGGAAGAA